AUGUCAACUCCGUCAAACCUGGAGUCAAUCGAAUUGGCGACGUCGUCCGCGAGAUCGACUAGAACCGAUGGAGAAGACAGCAUCGAUCCGAACAGCUCGACCGAGUUUCAUGGCAUCCAACACCAGCUUGAGCCUGCCGACCGGGGAUUCGCGGCAUGGAAGCUCCUUUUGACAGCGUUCGUGUUUGAAGCUCUGCUAUGGGGGUUCCCUCUAUCGUUUGGUGUCUUUCAGAACUACUACUCCAAACAGCCUGCUUUUGCUAGCAACAGAUACAUCCCGGUGGUGGGAAGUGUCGCCUCUGGUAUCAGCUAUCUGGGCGCCCCUGCUGUUACGCCGUUGAUCAAACGAUAUCAGCGAUUUCAGACGCAGAUGAUCUGGGCUGGUUGGUUUAUCUGUAUAGGCGGUGUUGUCCUUGCUUCUUUCUGCACAACCGUUGAGACUUUGAUUCUCACUCAGGGUGUCGCCUACGGUGUAGGCUUUCUGAUCUUUUACUAUCCCAUCCUGACCAUGGUCAACGAAUACUGGAUCACACGGCGCGGCAUGGCCUACGGUGUACUCUGUAGUUCAUCUGGAGUCUCAGGGGCCGUCUUUCCCUUUGCCAUUGAGGCCUUGCUGGAUAAAUACGGAUAUCAGACCACACUACGGGCCAUUGCCGUCAGUCUGUUCGUCUUGACGGGACCGUUGAUCCCGUUCCUCAAAGGUCGCUUGCCGCCUUCGGUGCACAGCGCAUCCACAAGAAUGGACUGGAGUUUCCUACGCGACGUUCUCUUUUGGUUGUACUCGAUCUCGAACUUGGGUCAGGGUCUUGGGUACUUCUUUCCAUCCCUGUGGCUUCCGUCCUAUGCGGCAUCAAUCGGACUCAGCGGGAGAGAAGGGGCCCUCCUUCUAGCCUUGAUGAGUAUCUCCCAGGUGGCUGGCCAACUCACCUUUGGGCUACUUUCCGACCGGAAGGUAUCUCUUGAAGGUCUGGCUAUCGUCUCGACCGUCAUCUCAGCAACAUCGGCAUUCGCGCUGUGGGGUCUGGCUCAUAAUUUGUCCCUUCUGAUAGUCUUUGCCUUGGUGUACGGAUUCUUCGCAGCUGGAUUCACGGCGAUGUGGGCUAGGAUGACUACGGCAGUAAGCACCGAUUCGACGGCUGUGCCCAUGAUCUUUGGUCUUUUCAACUUUGGCAAGGGGGUUGGUAAUGUGCUGGCUGGGCCGAUCAGCGGUAACUUGCUUUUCCAUAUAACAUCUGCGGAGAGCUAUGGUUUGCUCAAGUACAAGGGAGUCGUCGUCUUCACGGGGUCGUGCAUGGUAUUCACGCCCCUUGAAUACCGCCCGUUCGACUACAACCAGGUGAGCAUUUUGAGGGGGGAUCGAGCGAAAAAGUUCGGUUGCCGGCGGGAGGGCGGGAGGCCGUUGCCGCUGUGCUUUAUGGAAGCCAAGCGGUUCACCUACAGGGAUGCCCUGGGCGCCACAAAUGAGACGAACGAUGGCUCAGUCGCGAAAGUUAUCCCAGCCAACACCCAGACACAUCGACUCGACACCAUGAAGCCUCACGAGUGCUCGCCUGGCACCCAAGUCAUACCCCUGGAGCCCAAGGACCAGUGGAAGCCCAUUGACGAGAUCCGCUCCCUGGUAUUCUUCGUCCUUCGGCAUUCUGUGAAUGAGGAAAAGUUGCGAAGCUCUUUGGAUGACCUCAUUCGCAACCAUCUCCCCAUACUCGGAGCACGUGUACGGUCAGCUGGGAAAGGCAGUGGUUUGGCCUAUCAUGUGCCUGCAGGGUUCCCCUCGGAUAAGCCUUUGUUCGGAUGGUCAAGCCGCUCUGUGCCUACAACAUUCGCCGCCAGUCAGCUUUUACCGUCCUCAAAAACGGAAAGCAUAGAGAAAGUUACGUGGGGCAAGUCAGUCGUUGAGUUGGAGGAAGAGUGGACGCCCGCAAGUUGGCCAAGGUCGCGUCUCGACGACGGCCCCGAUACCCCCACGCUUUUGGUGCAUCUAACUCACUACGAAGAUGACACUGUUGUCAGCACAAACUUGCCUCAUGCGGUGGUAGAUCAGAUGGGCUACGCCAGUUUUGUGCGAGCAUGGCUGCAGCUCGCCACUGGUAGUCAACCUCCAGAGUUUCUGGAACUGAAGCCAGGAGCUCUCGAUGGCGCAAGAGACCUUUCCAAGAAACAAUUGCGGCAAAAGGGGACAUACAGGUUGAAGACUCGCGACGAACGGAUACGCAUCCUGCUUGGGUUUAUCCCGGAGCUGAUCAGGGAGCCAGCACAAGACGAGAGCCGCCGUCUCUUGAUUCUUCCAGAGACUCUUAUCACCAAGUUGCGAAACAAGCACCAAGAAACCAUUGAUGCCAAAUACGGCCCAAAACAUGCGAGGUUGACAAAUGGAGACGUCAUUUCGGCACUUCUACUGAAGCUUGGUCAUCUGCAUCGCAAAAAGCCGAAGAUGUUUACGCUAAGCGCUGCUGUCAAUGCCCGGGGACGUCAUCCAGCACUCCCAGCCGGUAAAUCCUAUCUACACAACGCAAUCGUGUACAGUGUGGCCCGCAUGCCCAUCUCUCGAGACACCCCAGUCUACGAAAUCGCCCGCCAGAACCGCUUAGCGGUCAUCGAGGCCCUGAAGCCCGAGAGCGUUGACAGAGCUUUGGCGGUCAGCCGCGAGAUGUAUCACGGCGGCAUCGGGGCUCAUAUCUGCGAGCCUGGAGAGUUCAGUUUCUCCGUGACGAACUGGUCAUCAGCCUGGCAUGGUAUUGAUUUCUCGAAGCUCUCGAUGGGCGACUUCUCUACGAGUAGCUCCGGAGAGAAUAGUGAUACGGCGGCGGAUGAGUCAAAAGAUUCCGUAUCACUGCCGCCUGCGGCAGGAACCGCCCCGCUCGUGUUGGGACAUGCGCUCAUGCGAAAUAAGCGUGUAGUGACGAGGUUCAAUACACAGAUUAUGAGCAAGGCCGAAGGCGGUUAUUGGUGUGACUUCACGUUGACCAUCAAGAAUGUGGCCCUCGUGGAUAAGCUGUUGCAGACGGAUCCGUCAUUAGAAACGAUUUGA